GUGUGUCACAGAGAGGAAACAUGUAUAGCGCUGCGAACAGGAUGAUGGACGAGGUCAGUCGGACAGAAGGAGAAGAGGAGGAGAAAAAAGAGGAGGAGAAGGAAGAGUGUGACACCUUCAGCGCCACAUUUGAGUGCUCUGUGGAGGACGCUGACACAGAGGUGGAGGACGAAGAGGAGGAGGAGGGAGGAGGAAGAGAAGAACAGAGCAGAGCAGUAGAAGGAGAGAGGAAGGUGGAGGAGGAGGAGGAAGAGGAGGAAGGCGGAGGAGAGGAGGGGACAGAACACCCGAACCAGGACACUUUCAGCUCGGCUUUUGAACUCAUUGUGGAGCAGGUAUCCGGGGCAACGGAGGAUGAGGAGGAGGAUGGAGAGGUGCGGGAGAGAAGAGUGAGUGUGAGAGAGGGGGAUGAGGAGGACGAGUGUGAUGGCGGAAACGACGAGGAGUGCUCGCGCGACGCGCAGGACGGCUUCAGCUCCACCUUCGAGCGCAUUGUGGAGUCGGAGCUGCUGAGGGGCGGCACCUGCUACAGCUCGCUGGACUCGCUGGACGUGCUGUCGCUGACCGACGAGACGGACAGCUGCGUGAGCUUCGACGCGCCGCUCACGCCGCUUAUCCAGCAGAGGGCGCUGGUGGGGCCGGAGCCGCCCGAGCUGGAGCUGGAGCCCGUCCAGGAGGGAGAGGGGGAGGAGGGGGAGGGAGAGGAAGGGGAGGAAAGAGGGAUGACAGUGCGGGCCAACGGAGGAGGGGGGGGCGGGAGUCCGCUCCGGACCACCAUUCCGGGAAGCCGCUCGGAAAACGUGCUGAGCCAGCGAGCCAUUCCCAACGGAUUCCACGCAGACACACACAGCAAUGGGGACAGCGCAGGCAUCCCCACCUCUAUGAGUGAUGCCAGCUUGGCAGAUGUGCUCUCAGACUCCGAGUCGGAACUCGGCAGCUUGGAACAGCUUGCCCGCGGGAGCACAGAUACACUCGCCAAUGGUUGCCGUGCCGACUCUGACGCCGCAAAGCGAUUGGCCAAGCGUUUGUAUCACCUGGAGGGAUUCAAACGCUGCGAUGUGGCACGACACUUGGGCAAGAAUAACGACUUCAGCCAGAUGGUGGCGUCGGAGUAUCUAACCUUCUUCGACUUCUCUGACCUGUCACUCGAUCGAGCUCUCAGGAGUUUCCUGAAGGCGUUUCCUCUGAUGGGGGAGACUCAGGAACGGGAGAGGGUGUUAGUGCACUUCUCCAAGAGGUUCUGCCACUGCAACCCUGAUACACUCACUUCUGAAGACGGAGCCCAUACACUGACCUGUGCGCUCAUGCUCCUCAACACAGACCUACAUGGACACAACAUUGGUAAAAAGAUGUCCUGUCAACAGUUCAUCAGCAACCUGGAUGGACUGAAUGACGGCAAAGACUUCCCCAAAGAAGUACUAAAGGUGCUGUACAACUCCAUAAAGAACGAGAAGCUUGAAUGGGCUGUUGAGGAAGAAGAGUUGAGGAAGAGUCUGUCAGAGUUGGUGGAGGAGCAGUGUGAGGGCGGGGCCAGAAGGGGGGUCCGGGUAACGGAUGGGAAUAACCCUUUCAUCGCCAUUCCCCUCUUGGUCAACGCUGUGACCUACAAACACGGGAUACUGACCCGCAAGAGUCAUGCCGACAUGGAUGGCAAACGCACUCCUAGGGGUCGCCGUGGCUGGAAGAAGUUCUACGCUGUGCUGAAGGGGAUGAUUCUCUAUCUGCAGAAGGAUGAGUAUAAGCCAGAUAAGGACCUGUCGGAGGUGGACCUGAAGAAUGCGGUGCGUGUGCACCAUGCCCUGGCCACUCAGGCCACCGACUACAGCAAGAGGCCCAACGUCCUAAAGGUCAAAACGUCCGACUGGAGAGUGUACCUCUUCCAGGCCCCGAGUGAAGAGGAGAUGCUGUCGUGGAUCUUCAGGAUAAACUUGGUCGCUGCACUCUUCGCUCCUGCCUUUCCUGCAGCCAUCGGCUCAAUGAAGAAGUUCUGCAGGCCAAUACUGCCAUCAUCUGGCACCAGACUAAAACAGGAGGAGCAGCUGUGCGCUCAUGAGAACAAGGUGAAGCAGAUCUCUCUGGAGCUGGAGGAACACAGAAGGAGUUUGCCUGAGCUCUCUCCCAAGAGCAGAGAUACGGAGGAGCACCGCCUCAAAGAACACUACCUGGCCUACGAGAGGAGCCGUUAUGAGACAUACUCGUCGCUGCUGCAGGCCAAGCUGCGUCUGGAGACGGACGACCUGGACCGUCUGGAGGUGUGUGUGCUGAGCGGCGAGGCAGCCGCACGGGACGGAAUCAUGCGCAAGACCCAGUCCAGCCCGCACAUCAGCCCUGGACACGGCAUCAAUGGACGGAGCAUGCCACGGACACCCCCUCGGAGCUGAACACACACACACACACACACACACAUAGUAUUCAUACACACACAUGCAAGAACAUUUACUCACAAACUUCAUUUACAUACACACACACACACACACACACACACACACACACACACAUACACGCACGCACACACACACACACACACAUCCAUCAUCCAUGUUCAAUGCAAGGCAAAUGCCGUUAACAAAUCCCAAACAUAAACACUGUACUACACAGACCGACGUAAAACACACCGACUCCACACUCACAGACACACCCCUCCCUCACACCUGACCUUUAACCUUUGCUCUCUGACCUCUGCGCUUGAGAGGAGGAGUGGAAAAUAGGAGUGGAGGAAAAAAAACAGAACACAAAAAAGCAAAAACAAAACAAAUGUAGCAUAAAUAGCUCCUUAAGUCCCCAGUCCAUGGGCUUAGUGCCACCAUAAGUAUUAUAGCUGUUGUCCUGACAACUGCAGUGUUGCCACCAGGCUUGUGCAAAAUUCCAGAAUUUAAUUGAAACUGGCUCUUAAAUUCCAAUUCAAUUCUUGAAUUUCACUGGCAUUUCAAUUGAGGUAGCAAACAGGAAGCAGAAUUGCAAUUCAAAUUGUGCACAACCCUGGUUGCCACUAGCAUUCCAUUCUGUGCCAAAUGCAACAUAGAAAGAGAAAUCCUCCAAGAGGACGGGACAGAUCGUCAGCAGAGGAACCAUGGGAACCACUACGAUGUCACGUCACAGUGACAUCACGCCUGCAUGACGUCAUAGAUCUGGAACUUUUGGUGGUACUGCUGCCAUCAGAGUGUGGUUUAAUCAGAGAGGGUGGAGUUUAGGAUGUGUGGGGUGGUUUCUUACAAGGGCUCAGCCCAUCUGACAAAGCAACACAAACCAAGACUCACACACAACCACACACACACACACACACACACA